AUGUUCCCGUUCGCAACAGGACUUCAACAAGCAUUUGUUGCAUAUCCACACAUUGUUAUUACCUGCAUCAUAAAAAUUCGAUAUCGAGCGACACUCUUUAAUGCAGCAACAACAAUAAUAUUUCCCAGCGGAUGUCACAAAUGUAUGCAUUCACAUUGGUUGAAGGAAUCAAAACUCUGA